AUGGCUUUAGAACCUGUUAAAUACGUCGCCCAUUCCCGUGAAAUUGAAGAAACUUACUUGAAAGUAGUAAGAGGAGAUGACUCAGAUACUACGUGGUUAAUUCUAUCUCCAGAUAGUGCCAAAGAGUAUUAUCCAGAAUUAACUGGUAGCGAUUUCUCCGAAUUUUUGACUUCCUUUGAUGAUUCAAAGAUUCAGUACGGUUUGGCAAGAGUUAGUCCACCUGGUUCAGAUGUAGAAAAGCUUGUUUUGAUUGGUUGGUGUCCUGAUUCUGCUCCAUUGAAAUCUAGAGCAUCCUUUGCUGCUAAUUUCGGUGAAAUUGCUAAUAAUUUGUUAAAGGGUUAUCACGUUCAAAUCACUGCAAGAGAUGAAGAUGAUUUGAAUGAACAAGACAUCUUAUCUCAAGUUGGCAAUGCAUCUGGUGCUCGUUAUUCUAUUCAACAACCCGGUACUAGCCAUAAAACUAGUCCACCUGUUUUUAAGAAGAAAAAUCCAGUUCCAACUUCUGUUCCUAAACCAGCUCCAGCUCCAACUCCUAAACCAGCUCCAACUCCUAAACCAGCUCCAACUCCUAAACCAGCUCCAACUCCUAAACCAUCUUCCUUUGCUAAACCACAAAAACCUGCAUCAUUUUCAAAACCAAUUGCUAAUACUGCCACUGAAGAUGAAGAGGAUUGGGAUGAACCUGAAGUUAAGGAACGUGAUUUAAGUAAAACCCCGUUAAAGCCUACUGUCGGAUCCUCUUGGAAACCAGUUGGUAAAGUCGAUUUGCAAAAAGUUAUUGCAGAGGAAAAUGCUAAGGAAGACCCAAGAUUAGUUAUUUCCAAUAAAAAUGAAAGUGCUCCCGGUACUAAAAUUAAUCCAAGUAACGAUAUAGAACAAUUAAAACAACAAUCUAAACUAAAAAGAGAUAAGGAAUUGAAUGAAUUUCUACAAAAAGAACAACCAAGUACCACUGCUCGUAGUACUCCCACCUCCCAAUUACCAACGAAACCUGUUGGCACCGCCAAACCUAUUAAUACUGAGUCCGGUAUAGAUAAUGCUGACGAAGAAGAUGUCCAUGAAUUAAGAGCUAAAUUUGAAAAAUUAGCAUCGAAAAGCAAUGAUGAACCCCAAAUUAUUGCGCCAAAGAAAACUAUCGCGAAUAUAGCAUCACCCACUACCACAAAUGAGGAACCACCAAGAAAAACUGAUUUUAAAAAAAUUGGUACCGCUUUGCCAGGUAUGCAUACCGAAUUACAAGAUGAACCAAAAGAUGAAGAAGCUGAUGAUGAUUGGGAUAAUGAGGAUGAUAACGAUGAUGUUCCUCCUCCUCCUCCAGCUGCUCCAAGACCAGUGGCUCCAAAGAUUGAAGAGAAAGAGAAAGAUUCAUCACCUGUCUUGCCAACCAGAAGCUCGGACAUUCCAGCUCAAGAACAAGAAGAUGAUGAAGCACCACCGGCCUUACCAUCUAGAAAUGCAAAUGAUUCUACUCCAGUACCAGAGAAAGUCGAAGAAAAAGAAGAGGAAGAAGAGCCAGCUCCAGCCUUGCCAUCUAGAAAUACUCAAGCUGCCCCACCUCCACCUCCUCCUAAAAGAGUUGAGAAAAAGCCAACAGCUACUGCUGAAUACGAUUAUGAUGCCGAUGAAAAUAACGAACUAACUUUUAAAGAGGGCGAUAAGAUUGUAAAUAUUGAAUUUGUAGACGAAGAUUGGUGGUUAGGUGAAUUACAAAAUGGGCAAAAGGGAUUAUUUCCAAGCAAUUAUGUAUCUUUAGACAAUUGA